AAAAGGGAGGGCUGUGGAUUACACCGUAGCUCACGCAAAGGCGCAGUUAACGUAAAUAAGGCUGUAUGUGCCUGCAAACCAAAUUCUGAGUACGACAAACUGACUUAAGUAGUAACUGUAAUGGCAGCGAGUGUAGGACUGGCCAUGAAUCCGCCGCACACGACAGAAGAAAGGGCGGUUUUCACGCAACUGAAGCCCGUGAGGAUGUCGGGAGCGGACACGGCUGAGGACACGUCCGUGUUUGAGGACGUCAAACCCGCGACCCGACUGGAAUUGGACAAAUACCUUCCUCCGGUCAGCAGUCCUCUGUUGAGUCCUUCAACUGACACAACCGACAAGAAGUACAGACGAGAGAGCGCCUCCGUGGUCGAUGAGUACUUCUCUGAGGACAAACCGUCAACCCCUUACAGCCUCAACAUUAACGUCAUUCUUCCCAGCACCACUCAUCUGCGCACAGGCCUCUACAGACCCAACACCAAGACCCUCACGCCGCAUCAGAUCAAGACAGAACCCGGGCUGGAGGUGCCCUGCUCCAUCCCCACUGCCACUCAGGCCCUGCCGGACUUCACCUCCGUCUUCAACGUGCCACCGGUGGUGAACAACGUUUUCAUAAAGCCAGACGUGAGCUCUGGAGGAGUAGGGAGUGUGGCCGCAGGAUCUCAGCAGCAACAGCAGCAGCAGCAGCAGCAGCAGCCAAAUUUGGACACAGAGCUUCACAUUGGGCCUCCGCCUCCCCAGCAGCCGGUCUACCACAUGCCCAUCACUACCUGCGCCGACCUCACCAUGACCCUGUCACACACCAGCCCGUCGGCGCACGGCUCCAACGGCGGCAGCAGGACCAUGCUUAACCUCGGCAACGUCGCACUGCCGACAUCCAGCGGCAACUACAUGAUGGCAGAGCACCAGCAGCACCAGCAGCACCAGCACCAGCACCAGCACCAGCACCAUCAGCUCGGCUACUACCAAGCCUCUCCAAACAACUCAUCUCAGCACACGGCGCCUCACAGCCUGCCGCCCUCGCCCCCAAACUCCCAGCCUGGGAGCCCUGACGGCCAGGCAGAGCUGCUCAGCUUAGCCUCUCAGCCUCCGCCGCCCUAUCAGCAUCGUCUGGGGGGGUUGAAGGUGACGGGAUUGUCUUCUCAUGCUAUGCUGAUGACACACGGCCAGGGAGUCCUGACAGGUCCCAAAUAUAACAGGCGGAACAACCCAGAGCUGGAGAAGAGGAGGAUCCACUUCUGCGAUUACCCAGGCUGCACCAAAGUUUACACAAAGAGCUCUCAUCUGAAGGCGCACCAGAGGACACACACAGGUGAGAAACCGUACCGCUGUACAUGGGAGAACUGCGACUGGCGUUUCGCCCGGUCGGACGAGCUCACUAGACACUACCGGAAGCACACCGGGGCCAAACCCUUCAAGUGCAUCGCCUGCAGCCGCUGCUUCUCGCGCUCGGACCACCUGGCUCUGCACAUGAAGCGUCACCAGAACUAAACGCGGAUACAACCUGCACAUGCAUAAACACACACAAGUCGAGCAGUAUCCACGCACUACGUGACAGCCACAUGAAGCUACAGGCUUUAAAUUAACUAAACCAAAAUCAUCCCUGUGCACUGGUGUUUAGUACUGGUACUGUAUGUUGCUACCACAUGCGUUAAGUGUUAGCAGACAUCAAAGUGUAGCUAAAGAUCUUCUAAAAUACCUCCACGGGCCGCCGGAUUGUGGUCUCCGAUCACUUUUCGGUCAGGGUGAAUGGAUCUGAAGGAGAUCAGAGCUUGUUUUUACACUUCCUAGCCUCGGAUUAAUUAGCUGCUCUGUUAUCCAGUCAGUUUCACUGGAUUUCACAGAGACACUUCAGGUUUCCUCCUUUUCAGAGAUAGUCUAGUCAAGUCAGUCUCGACACCAGAGCUAAUGAUCUACCAAAAACCCAGGGAUGAUUUUGGUGUCUUGAUUUUAAACACAUUCACACAAAAAAUUGCAAUCUGAACUGUGGUGUGUGGCUUCUGCGAUGGAUUUGGGACUCCUUCUGAUUAAAUCCGGGAGAGAAAAAAAAACUUUUUUUUCUACUAUACAGAACACAAAACUGUCUCUUUUCCUUCAAAUAUCUGCUGCCAACUUCAUCGCCAGCUUGUAUCGUUUUGAGGCUCGAACUUUCAAGGAGAGGCGGAAGCCUGUUCCCCUCCGUCCUGCCUGUGUAAAUACUUGUUUAUAAGUGUGCUUUUGUGUGUUUGAGAAUGCAACGAAUGUAUUGCAAUUGAUACUUGACAACUUUUUGUUUGUUCUUUUUCUUCUUUAUUAUUUUUUUUUUUCAUUGAAUGUUAAAUAUCAGCAACUUCCUUGCAGUAUGAUCUCACUCUGAGGGUCUAAGAAAGAUGAUCGAUAGUCAAACGAGUCUCCGGGGAAAAAGUUAAUCAUCGCCUAGUUCUGCCUGUUUCAGCACAGGUAAUACCUGCCGAGCUCAGAGAGCACAGAGAUUUGCCAAUGUUUGUAUCCAUGACAUUACCCGUUGCCCCGGCAACCAAGCUCCUUUGACAACAGUUUGCGGUUUGCUUGCAGGUCCUAUUCAGCGCCGUUUUAUUUUUUCUCCCUCUUAGUUUUUUUUUUUAUUCUCUGGUAUUUGUUCAGCACUUCAGCUCAAGAUGGGUGGACAGCCCUGUUAUGUAAUCAGCUUUUUGUUUGUCUGCAAUGUACGGUGCGGCUUCUACAUCGCACUCACACAGUCAGCCACGUGACGUAAACUCGAUUGCAUGACACACUAAUUGUCAGUUGCAACUUCUGCAAUUCCCCCCCCCCGCCACCUCCUCCCCGGGGUGUAAAAAAGACUUUAAUCCAACAGUUUGGAAUACCCAGGCAAUUUUGUGCAGCGCUUGUACACUUGCCAACAACUGGAAUUACAGUAAGGGGAAAAAUAUGUUGCACAGUAUAAAAGAACAGUCUGAUUCCAAGAAGUGAAACGGUUACCAAGCAGGAAAAAUGUCCCGAAGUAAUCGGAUUGAGAACUUGACAAAGCAACCGGUUGAACAAUCAGCGUGGUCACAAAUAUAAAAGUGAACUGUAUUGUUCAUGUCUAAACCUGAACUUUCUCAGGGUGUCUUCCAGUGAAGCUUAUUUAGUGAUCAAUAACACAUUCUGUCUGUGUUUUCACCAUUCACGCACGUUGUUUUCUUUUAAGCCAGUCAACUGAAACGUAAACCAACUGGGCUGAGUGGUGUUGGGGCCACACCCACAGCUCAUUCCACCUUAACUCAGAUUCCUGUCUUCGCUCUUUCAAGCUCUUUGCCGUGGAGAUUCGAAACUGUACUGCUUCAGUUAAAAAUACACAUUAAGGAACAAAGUGGCCAGCUUUAAAAAAAAAGAACAAAUUUUAUUGAUCUUAACCUCUUGAAACAAUUCUUGGAAUUUGCUCAUUCAUGUUUAGCGUCCUGCCUCUCCACCAGGGGGCGCUACUCAGUUUUUAUCAGACCAGCUCUGCACCUGAUAACCUGCACCACCUGCUGGACAGGAACAAAACAGCAGCAGUACUUUAGCCCUUUUUAUGUCAGCUCCUACAGGCAAGAAAAGUGGGAAAGGAAUAGCUACACGUGCAUGCGAAGUACGUUAAAGCUAAUUGGUGUUUUCAAUGAGUAAAAUAAAAUUUUCUAUUUUAAAACCUAUAAAACGACAAUUAUAACACUUUACCUACAGGGGGCACAGUGCAGAGUUUUCUGCAGGCUAGGUUUCCGCACUGUAUGUUUUGUUGCUGUUGCUUUUCUUGCCAGCAGGUGUCGCUUGUCCGAAUGCGUCUUCAGUUCUGAGGCACAGAUUUUAAAAUACGCAAACCUUGCGAGCACAUGCACAAACGUGGCAUUUAGGUGGCGCCGCAACAUUUAGGCAACAAGGGGGGACGUUUGUUCAAAGUCGGUGGUUGGUUUUAUUGUCAUUGAAACUUGACCCUGAUGCUACGUUCACAUCAGCGUUGCAUUCUCGGUGGAAGCGGGUGAUAUGUGUCCAUCAUGUGAACGCACCACGAGGCUUAAGGUUCCAACCAAAACAUGAAGCACUGAUUGACUCCAGUCACUCUGAUGUGUGUUCAUUCACAAGAAAACGCAUCCUCUAAUUUCAACCCUGUGAUUGUUUUAGUUUUUCUUUAAAAGGUUUAGUCCCAAGGAAACAAGUUCUCCUGCCUCUCUCAAGAAGGGAGCACUGACCACCCACUGUGUACAUAUAUGUAGUUUUAUUUCCAACAGAAGUCUUUGUAAAUAUGUGUUUUAUUUCCUAUUAUAAUAUUAAUAUUUCUAAUAUUUCUUUUUUUUUAAUAGAGGGCUAUUCGAUCGGUUGAACUUGAGAUUUGUUUAAUUUUGUUUUGAUACUUCGUGUGUGUCAGAAAAUUAUCAAAUUGUGUAUGUACAAAUUAAUAAGAACAACAUUUUUUUUGUUUUUGUUUUCUGUUUGUGCAUCAAUGAUGCUGCAAGGAAAUAAUAAUAAUAAAAAAAAAUCAUAAAAUAUA